AUGGUGAUUCCGCCUAACGAAGAAUGUGUGCCCGCAUUGAAGAUGAUAGGCUGUGCAGAUGCCCAGAAUCCACAAAAGGUCGUCGUACGGCGCAGCACAAUACUCCAUGCCGCUUUUCAAAAUAUGUGCGGCAUAAAGGAAGCCACUUUAACGUGGAAACUUUACAGCCUGGCCGAGACAGAAUUGUUAACUUCAAUUCCAAAUCAACGACUGAUUUUCGUUUUAAGGCAUUACAGUCUAAAUUAUCCCACCAGGUACGAGCUAUGGCGUAACCUCUUUGUGCUCCGUCCUGAGGGCAUUUACAAUGGGACUAAAUAUGCGGCCCGUUGUUAUGUGGAGGCCAUCGUGGGAAAGGUUAGGGCUAUUAUUGCCGGUGGUGAGAGGCGUAAUGCGAUUUUCAGUCGCGAUUUAGCUAUGGACGGUUCACUUAGUCGCGAUUACUCCAAAAAGUCGAAUACCAGGCAAUUUAGAUCGUAUGUCUGGGAUUGUGAAUCACAAGACGAUUAUAAAAAUAUGGGUUGCCGUCGAAACAUAUCCAAAGCUUCAAAAUUUCGUAUGCCCGCAAAAAACCUUAAAUUGAAGUGUCAAUAUGAGUUCAAGUUAUCAGUGACUUCCGAUGACAAUCCGAAGCUAUCAUCGACGGCAUUGCAGGUGGUGACCAUUGGAAGUAAAGAAGUGUUGCAUGUGGCAAUUGAAUGUAUUUCGAACUGUGCCGACGAUGAAUACAAUCCCUUGAACAAGGUGCAACUUGUGGCCAAGUGCUUAGACUGUGGUCAACAGACGGUGACCUAUGAGUGGUUAGUAGGCGGACAAAAUACCCUGAAUACAAGGCAUCUAACGAUGUAUAUACGUACAGAGGGAACAAGGGCACAGAUCGAAUUGAAGGUAACAUUAAGUGAUGGUACCACUGGGAGCGACAAGAAGGUGCUGGCAAAGAGAGUUCCACCAGUUGGCGGCAAGUGUGAGGUACAACCACAGGAGGGGAUUGAGGCAACGACCAUUUUCUAUGUAUGCUGCAAGGAUUAUGCGACCGCACACAAACCCCUUGAGUUUUUCUACUAUGCGGGUCGUACCCUUCUCAACAAAUGCUAUCGAUGCGAUUGUAAAUCAUAUUUGCCAAUGAAUUUGAAGACCAUCAAGGUGCUAGUCUGUGAUAAUUUACUCACCUGCAGUGAGACGUCUGUGAACGUGACUGUGAAGCCGUUGGCGGAUGUAACCGCAGCAAAUGCCAAUGAGGUUUGGGACUUUAUUAACAAGGAUCCGAACAAUGUGGUGGAAAUGGCAAAUCAUGGUCGUUUGAAUCGAUUCUUUCAGAUCAUGUUAUCUAUGGCUACUCGAAUCAAAGAUGCUAGCAGUGGUAUGGCCUUAAUGAAUGCCUUCGAAUAUGUCCAUCCAUUAUCAUUAGCCAAUCUCGGCAAGAUGGCCAAUUUGACCAAGUCACUGGGCUUACAGUUGACGCCCAUCGAUAUGGUGGAGCACAGUCUGUUGACGGCAUCGUUGACAAAGAUGAAUGAGAUCUUUGAUUCGGUGCAUAAAAACCAAAUGCAUAAGGAAAUGAUUGAGCAACCGUAUGCUAAUGUCACGGUCGCCUGUGUCACCGUAUACGACAUGAUGGAUCGCCUCAAUAAACAACUGGCACGGCCCCCUCAACAUAUAUUCGACGAGUAUCGCACUGCACUUGAUAAAAAAAAGCUGAAUCAGAAUGUUAUUGAUAGACUUAAAAAGGAAAUCUCUGAGUACGAUAAUGAGGAGGCAAAAAAUCGUUCCAUAACCUGGUUGAAUGCCAUGUGGCAAACGGAACGACUGUAUCAAUUCUUGGGCUUGGCUCGCAAGCAUGGAUUUCAGCCGGAUACCAAUGAGAUCAUUUCGGAGGCCGUUUCCCUCGAGAUUCAAUGUUUCGAUAUUGAACCGGAUCGACAUUACGAGAUCAAGACUAGCGAUCGAAUGCACAUUGUAUAUUUCACACCCGAUCUCCUUCAGGAAGUCAAAGAUUCAAAUACCAAUUACAUUUGCCUUAAGGUCAUUUCAACAAUACGCGAACUUCACUGGUGGUAUCCCGAGGAGAAGCAACCCAGCUCCGUACUACUUUCCGUUCGUAUCUAUAUCCAUGAUGACAACUUUAAGGUCGAGCGUUACCUGCACAAUAGCGAGAUUCGGUUCAAGACCAUCGUGGGCAAGUAUAAGCCCGCCGUGGAGCGACCUCUUGUCACUGGUGAAGCCCGCAAAAUGAGUAGAAAUGCAAAUGAAACAGGAAUUGAAAAAACAGCCAGAAUUGCACUUAGAUUAGAUGAAAAUUAUGAGGAGAAGGACGACGAUGAUGACGAGGAUGGUCUUAUCUUCAACGCCGGAGCAGGUAUCACCACCAGGACAGAAAAAAGACCUGUUAUGGACCCUGACGAGGAUGAGUAUGCCAUCUCGGAUGCUGGUCGAUAUAUCAAUUGUCUGGAGAGUGGAUUUAUAGAUUACAUGCAAUGGAUGCGAUUGUAUCGCAUCAACAUACAGGCGCAUGCGAUGAUAACGGUGCGCUUUAAGGAAUCAUCACAUGAUCUCCAAGUACUGCUCUAUGUUGGCACGGAGCCGAAAGAAUGGAAACCACUUGUCAAUAAGGCCAAAUGUUAUGUGCCCGCCAGAUCGGACAAUACGACAAUGUUAAUACGAAAUAAUUGCAAUCGUCGAAGACGCGCCUAUAUGGCAAUCCAAAUCAAAGGUGCUGCCGAUCACGCUGACUAUAUGGACACUCCGGUGAAGGACGGCCCGGCAACUUUUUCAUUUGUAUUCCAGGAGCGCAGUUGCGAUUAUUGGACAUACAGUUCGCCGAAGAAAUUGCAGCAUUGGUCACAUGAUCAUUGUCUUCCCGUGCUGGAAUAUCAGAAGAAGGGCCAUAUCCACUGUACGUGCAAAGUGCUGGGCACCUAUACCAGCUAUGUGUACCAUAUUCCAGCUAUUGUUAUCCCCUUGGAGAUGAAACAUCUCCGUUUGAAUAAGGUUCUUUUAUGUGCUUAUAUUAUGAUCUUUUCGGGCAUCUUUAUUUGGCUGCUGGUGCUCGUCAUCUAUCACAAUAAUCGACCAAGCAAGACGGUAAUCUGUGACAUGAGCGCGAUGGAUCGCGAAUCCGCUCGAGAUGUGCAUGAUCUGUUGAUCUUUUUGAAAACUGGCGGACGCAUUAAUGCCCAAACAACGGCCACGGUUCGUCUUAUCUUUCAGACGACCCAAAGAAUGGAGAUGCAAUUUACCAUUAUGCAGGAUCCACAAAAGCCGCUACUAACCCGUAACUCUACAUAUGUGCUCCGGGUGCGCACACGUGACAUACGGAUUCCCACCCGCGUCGCCGUCUCCCACAACAAUGCUGGACGUUAUCCCAGCUGGUAUUUGCGUCGCAUUGAGCUCUUGGAUGUCCAGAAGCAAUUGACCCAGGUCUUUAUCGUCAAUCGUUGGGUACGACAAAAGUAUCUCAUUCUCAGUUCAUCGAUGGUUCUCAGAGCGGGCGAUUAUCGGAUUGUCGAAAAUUGGCGUGAACGUUUUUCCACCGAAUUCGAAAGGUUGUGGAUCAAUUGGGGAUUGUGGCAUCCCCUCACUGGCGAAUGGCGGGACAGCAAGAACAACGACAGUCUGUCGCGUGCCCAGAGAACUUGUGUGUUUGUUUCCAAAUUUGCGGUUACCUACUGCAUUAUCGUCUGUUAUAUUGGCAAAUCGACUCGAAAUUCUGCUUAUGAGGAUCGCAAGAUUUCUAUAAACUACAAAGAUUUAGCGCCUAUGUUUAUCUACUGUGCGAUUGCCACCAAUCUGUUGCAUUUUAUUUUCGUAAACAUUAUUCUUACAGACGGUUAGAAUAUACCCAGUUGAAAAUAAAUAGCUAUUUAUAUUUUA